AACAAACCUUAAACUGCCUGUUUAUAAGUAGCUUUGUAUAAAAGGUUCAACUGAUCUACGAACAAUUUAUGAAAUUCAUCAGCUCUUGCAGAAAGGAAGAAACCCUUUUGGACAGCAAUUUUGACAUGCUUAGUUGUUUGAAUUGAAGCAAACUCGCAUUUUGCAAAGAGUUUCAAGAUGUGGGCAAGAUUCAGAACCUCAGUGAUCAAGAAAGAUAAGAACGAGAAGAUAGAAUCAGAUAGAAGCCUUGAUGUCAACAAUGAAUAUCUAUGUGCGUUCAGGACGAAAUCCUAUGCAGAUUUCUUCGUAAAAGCCCAAUUGCUCAUAAACGAACCAAGAUCGCCACCGGCUUAUGCCCAUUGUCGGCUUUCAGAAGUUCUCCUUGACCCUGCCCAAGAAACUAUAGCAGCUGUUCUUGACUCAGCAGCUCUUUCUAACAAGUCAUCUGAUCUCAAGUCCCUUCUCUUUAACUAUUUUGAUGUCAGUGCUGAAGCUUCAAAAUUCUGCAGCCAGCUCUUGAGAAGCUUAGGCCAAGUCCAAUCUGAUUACAGGUUCAUUCAUCAAAUGCUCGACUCUAUCGAUGAUUACUACUCUUCCAAUGAUCAGCAAUUCGAUUCCAUCUUCUCUGAGCUCCGUUCCCGUGUUGUUCUCAAGGAUCCCUUCUCCAGCAUUAUGAACAAGCAAGACUUGAGCCGAAUUAAUGAGAAGCACUCAUCGGUUUUACAGCACUUAAAAUCAAAGAGUAAAAGGGUGGCGAGAAAGAUUAAGUUGAUCAAAUACAUGAACAAGGCUUCAGGGGUUUGUGUAGCAGCAGCCUGUGGCUAGC